AGAAGCUUUGAUUAGGGAGGUGGUUGCCUUCCGAUAUAGCUCGAUUUGGAUCCGUGAGGUUCUGAAAAAGGUGUGUUUUUUUCCACUUGGCUUGCAGCAGGAGGGGUGAUCUUGAUGGCCGAAAAUCUGAAGAAAAGGUAGGUCAUGUAUGUCAAUUGGUGCUUUAUGUCUAAGGAUUCGGGUGAAAACGUCGACCAUCACCUUCUACGUUCUCGAGCUGCUACGAGGAUAUGGUGGGAGACCUUGAACUAGCUGGAAAUCUUUGGGUGAUGCCAUCCAUUGUGAAAGAGGUUAUGGAGAAUGGAAUUUCAUAUUGGAUAUCCUUGGAUGGGCAAAAGACAGGGUUUUAUGCAGAUCAACGUGAAAACCGUUGCUUCUUAUCUACCAUUUCAGAGGGUCGUAGAGUUCUUGACAUAUGUUGCUACACUGGAGGUUUUGCUCUAAAUGCAGCAUCUGGUGGUGCUUUGGAUGUUAUCGGUGUUGAUUCAUCUUCGCCUGCAUUGGAACUUGCCAAAGAAAAUGUUGCAUUAAAUGGCCUGGAUUCCCAAAGGAUAUCUUUUCUGCGAGAAGAUGCAACUGAGUUCAUGAAGGCUGCUGUUUCUAGAAACGAAUCGUGGGAUAUAGUUAUAUUGGAUCCUCCUAAAUUGGCGCCUCGGAAAAAGGUCUUAAAGAGUGCGUCUGGCAUGUAUAGGAAUUUGAACUAUUUGGCCAUGCAGUUGACAAAAAGAGGUGGUCUCCUAAUGACCUGCUCAUGUUCUGGAGCUAUGACCCAAAGUGGACUGUUCUUGCGCAUUCUUCAGGGUGCUGCAUCAAUGGCUGGGAGGAAAAUCACUGUUGUACGUCAGGCAGGAGCAGCAUGUGAUCAUCCAAUUGAUCCUGCCUAUCCAGAGGGAGCAUAUCUCACGAAUAUCUUGCUUAGAGUGUUGUAGAUCUUUUUGUAUAUCGAAUGAACCCCUUGUUUACUAAUGGAUUCCUUUCAGGAAUAGAGCAAGUUCAAGGUGUAAGGUGCCAAAGAAAUUAAAAUGCCAUUUUUUUUCGUUUUGAGGUUCUUUUUCUUUUUCCCUAUUUCGGAUAAGUAUUAUUAGUCCUGUAUUACCUGUUGACGGUCGCUACUCCUGACUGACACGACUCCUGACUGACGCAAUUUCCGUAGUUGACUUGGUUGUUGAGCAAGAGACAAGCUCUCUAGAGGUGAAAUAGGGGUGAUCAAACUGACUUUCCAGUCUGUAACAUUCUAAAUUUCUAAUUAUAAGACAGUUACGCCCAAGGGAAUGAAAAUGUAGAGAUUUAAAGUAAAUAGAAAAUUUUAUAAAACUGA